AAAUUUCUUUAUUUUGGACUUGGAUAUCCACAUCACUUAAGCAGGGAUACAGCUAUAAAACAGAUGGCAGCUCUUUUUCCAAAUGGUACGGAUGAGAAGUGCUCUUGUACUAAAGCAUUUAAUUUACAUUAUGAGGGUUUUACAGAUUACACAACUAUGGACUGUGUGAGAUAUCAACAUAGCUCUCCAUAUAGAGGUGCUUUGGCACACCUACUGGACUACCAACAGGCUGUUAGACCGACUGCUCAGAUCUGCCACUCUCAUACAAGCGUAUGGCGGGAACUGAAUAAUAUUUUACAACACAACGAUCGGGGCGUACGUUGUUUGGAAAACUUGAUCAGCCAUUUGUAUGUUUCUGUAUUCCAUCAAGGAGACCCAUGUUCUUGCCACGCCGUUUCUACGACUACAAAGGCUACAACACAACCUUCAACAGCAACUAUUACGACGACAACAUCCACAACAACAACCACAUUACCUUCAACAACAACAACCACCACUCUACCCACAACAACAAACUCACCAUCGACAACAACAGCAACCACAAGUAAACCAACUAUCACAUCAACAGAAACAACAAAUAGUCAUUCUACGACUACUAGUCAAUCAACAGAAUGUUCUAAAAUCCGCACUGUCACAGAACUGGGCAAAUUUCAACAACUUUACCCAGAAUUCAAUACCAACUGUUCUAGACGCAUUUCUACGUCCAAUUUAAUUGUCAGGGAUUUGUGUGAUUUUGUUCCUAUUUCAAAAUACUGGAAACCAGGCAAAAAGGGAUGGCUUGCCGGGGGAUUUUUGGGUUGUACCAAUACGUCUCUCAGAAUUGCAACGCAAGAAUGUGGUGGUAAAUUUGAAAUUCAGGAGUUUGCCCACAUGCCACACAUUUUGAAACUUUCACACAUAUUGCCUCAAUUUUUAAAAAUUACCUAUUAG